AACUGUGAUCAUUUUGCAGGGCUGAACACGGAAUCCGAACUGAAAAUGUUGAAUGUUAUCGAUAUGGCCUCAGGUUACUUACCAGUCGAAUUAUCGGGAACAUUUUGCGGUGGUCAUGCUGUUCCAAAAGGCACCACUGAACACGAUCAAACGAAUCUGAUCGUAAAUGAAAUGAUACCGUUGAUUAUUAACGAAAAGAACGAAGGGCGUUUGCAAACAAUCGAAAAUAUUGAUGUAUUCUGUGAGAAAGGAAAUUUCGAAGUGGAUUCAAGUCGAACUAUCCUUGAGGCUGGCAAGAAGGCUGGCCUAGCCAUAAAUUUCCAUGCCGAAGAGCUGAAUCAGAUUGGUGGUGCUGAAAUGGGAGCUGAAAUUGGGGCUCGAGCAAUGAGUCAUUUGGAGAAGGUCAGUGAUAACGGCAUUAGAGCGAUGCAAAAGUCUGGUACUGUUGCUGUCCUCUUACCAACAACCGCAUACAUGCUACGUCUGUUUCCUCCACCAGCCAGAAAGAUGAUUGAUAGUGGUGUGAUCGUCGCGUUAGGAUCAGACUUCAACCCGAACGCGUACUGCUAUUCGAUGCCGAUGUUUACAGAUGCGCCACGAUGGGAACACAUAAUCUAUCAGUUCGGUGGACAUAAUGCACUUAUCAAACAUGUUGUUAAGAACGGCAAUGUUGUGUACUCGAAACAAACAUAG